AUGGAGAGAGACAACCCGAACGAAUUCUACAAGGAUUGUAUGAAAAACCAUGCUGCCGGCCUGGGUAGCUACGCUACCGAUGGAUGUGGCGAAUUCACUCCCGACUGUGACAGUCCCGGUUGCCUACAAUGCGAAGCUUGCGGCUGUCACCGCAACUUCCACCGCAAAGUCAGGGUCGUCUUAGCCGGCAAUGUCAGAGCCACGGGUAACAGUUGUAACCGUGGAGGUGGCAACACAGAAGUGGUGGAGAUGAUCGAGAACGACGGUGGUGGCGGUGGGGGCCAUACCGAGGUGAUGACACCGGUGGAGUUGAAGGAGCUGGAAAGAAGCUCGAAGAAGCGUGCUCGGACGAAGUUCACGGCUGAACAGAAGGAGAAAAUGCUUGCUUUUGCGGAGAAGCUUGGGUGGAGGAUUCAGAGAGACCAAGAUGCUGAGGUUGAUCGAUUCUGUGAAGUGAACGGUGUGAGUCGACAGGUCUUCAAGGUUUGGAUGCAUAACCACAAGAACUCAUCAUCUUCGUCGUCAGCUUCCACGGCCACCACUGGCAAUGCCUAAUCUUCUCUUACUCAAUAGGAAGAGAAACUUUUGAAUGAGACCGGACUAGGUUCACGCGUUAGAUUGUUCUCAUACGUACUUGUUCCUUAAAUUUGAAUUCACUUUUUCUCUUCUCAUUUAAUAAAUUUUAAAUUUACGAAUCAA